AAAAACCAGAUCCAUUAAUCAACCAAAUGAAAAAGAGUCAUGCGGACAUCGUUUCCAUCGCCACUGUAACUACUUUCCGGAGCUUCCAAAGCGAGAAAGCAGAACUUACAGCAAAUUGAAAACACAGACACAUUCCUUUCUUCGCUUUAUAAGUAAUUUUGCUUCUCUGGCUACUGCUACUACUCCCUUUCUCUUCGUCACGCCUUCCUCUUCCAUUCUUUGGAGACAUUUGAGACCUCCUCUCGCCAUGGCUGCUUCUAUUGCCGGAUCCAAUGUCGUUGCUUUCAAAUCAGCCGGAAUCUCAGCGAAUUUCGGAACUUCUGGUGUUCGAAGAUUUAGUCAGUUUCAGCAAUGGUCUCCUAUUACUAGGGGGGUCGGGCAGCUCCAACCUCGCUUUGGUCUCCAUUUCAGAUCGACGAGGUCAUUUGCUUCUUCUGGUAUAAAAGCUCAGGUUGCUACUGCUGAACAAGCAGGCGCUGAGGUAGCUCAGAAUGUCGAAGCGCCGGUUGUUGUAGUGACUGGAGCUUCUAGAGGUAUUGGUAGAGCAAUUGCCUUGUCUUUGGGAAAAGCAGGUUGUAAGGUCUUGGUAAAUUAUGCCAGGUCAUCAGGUGAGGCUGAGGAAGUCUCCAAAGAGAUUCAGGCUUAUGGUGGUCAGGCUCUCACUUUUGGGGGUGAUGUUUCAAAAGAAGAUGAUGUGGAAGCAAUGAUAAAAACAGCUGUUGAUGCAUGGGGAACAGUUGAUAUUCUGGUAAAUAAUGCAGGAAUCACACGAGAUACAUUGUUAAUGAGAAUGAAGAAAUCUCAGUGGCAGGAGGUUAUUGAUCUAAAUCUCACAGGCGUAUUCCUUUGCACACAGGCAGCUGCCAAAAUUAUGAUGAAGAAGAAAAAGGGAAGGAUCAUUAACAUAGCAUCAGUUGUGGGUUUGGUUGGCAAUGCUGGGCAAGCCAACUACAGUGCUGCGAAGGCAGGAGUUAUUGGAUUCACAAAGACUGUUGCAAAGGAAUAUGCAAGCAGAAAUAUUAAUGUUAAUGCAGUUGCCCCUGGAUUCAUUGCGUCUGACAUGACUGCCAAACUUGGGGAGGACAUUGAGAAGAAAAUUUUGGGCACAAUCCCCUUAGGAAGGUAUGGCCAACCGGAAGAGGUUGCAGGAUUGGUGGAAUUCCUGGCUGUUAGUCCUGCUGCCAGCUACAUUACUGGACAGGUGUUCACUAUUGACGGAGGAAUGGUUAUGUAAGUUAUCUCUCCCGAAAGUGUAUAAGCUCUCUAGCAUUCGGAUAGGCAGGUUUCUUUCAAGCAGCUAUGACCAGCUUGUGUUGAGGCAGUUUUUAACUUUAUACCCCUGUAAUAAACUACUUGAAUUUUUUUACACUUUGACAAAUGGCAAUAUAUUUUUUGAGUAA